AUGGCCUCAUCCUCAUCCACGGAUGUGGGAGAAGAAGCCACAUGCCCCAUCUGCAUGGAGUAUCUGACAGACCCUGUGACCUUGGACUGUGGCCACAACUUCUGCCAGGACUGCAUUGUAAAGUAUUGUGACACAUGGGAACCAAUGCAGGUGGGGGACUUGGAGUGUCCCGUCUGCAAAGCCCGGAUGCAGAGAGGGAGUUUCCGCUCCAAUUGGCAGCUGGCCAAUAUAGUGGAAAAAAUAAAAUUCAUAUCACCAAAUAAAGGGGGAAAGGAUCUGUGUAAGAGACACAAGGAAAAACUCCACUUGUUCUGCAAAGAAGAUGAAGAAUUGGUGUGUUUCGUUUGUGAGCGAUCCCCAGAACAUAAAUCGCACACUGUGGUUCUCAAGGAAGAGGUUGCCCAGGAAUACAAGGUAGGAAGUUAUUUUGACACUUGCUAACACAACACUUUCAUAUCUUUCUGUGUGUCUGUGUGCAGAAUAUGCUGUCAAUGUGGCUAUAAAGCAAACAUAAUAAAUUGCUAAUCUGCACCUUAAUGUGGAUCAAAAAUUGGGCCUAAUCUCUGUGCUUUUCAAAAACAAACACAUACUUUGUUCUGCUUCAAAGGCAACUUUUUAAGAUGUUGUCUUGUUUUUUAAAGCACCAUUUUUUCUGCACUUCUGCCAAAGGGUUCCUGUGUAAUGUAGUAAUAAUAAUGCUAUUAUCAGAUAAAUAUCUAAUAGUGGGGGACCACACAAUAGAAAUAUAUGUAGAAUACUGAAGGUCCCCACUCCCAGUCCUAAUCCAAUCUGAUAUUUGGUUUUCUCUUUAGACACUCAUCUGUGAUCGCCUGGAGCAUUUGAAGAAACAGAGAGAGAAAAUUCUGGCUUAUGAAGCAGAAGUAGAAGAAGAAAGCAACAGCCUGCUUGUAAGUGUCACAAUUACUACUAAGAGAUCCAAGUAUACUUGAAGGACCAAGGCUGGAUCUAUACUGAUAUGGAAAACACUAUAAAACACGCUAUUUUACAAAUUAGUUCUCAGUGCAAUUUCUCAUUGGGACAGAUCACAACUCUAUAGGGGCCCCAUGGUGUAAAAUGUUUGUAAUGCAUAUAUAACAUUCUAAUUAGUCCAGUGUAGUUGAGUCCCAAGUCAUGAUGUAGCCCCAUUCCUGAGUGAUUUACCAUAACAUUGUUAAUGAAUGUCUUUCUAAAGACUCUGGCCUCUUCUUUUCCUCUUUCUUCCUGCCUCUUGAAGAAAUUAACAGAAAGUCAGAGGCAGGAUACACUGGAGAGGUUCAAACAAUUGCACCAGUUUCUGGAAGAAGAAGAAAAGCGUCUGCUGAAUGAAAUAGAAGAGAUGGAGAAGGAGAUCACAAUAAGAAGGGAGGAGCAGCUGGCUAGACUCUCAGAGGAACUCUCCUCUCUUGAAAGGAGCAUCUGGGAGAUGGAGGAGAAGAGUCAGAAGCCAGCAAGUAAACUCCUGCAGGUGAGACUGUGGCAGGAACAGCCCAAAGUUCCUCUCUAAUGGUUUAACCACACUUACCUUUUGCUGCACUCUUUCCAGGCACAGGUCAGUGCUUUCCAGGUUCCUACCCAAGCUUUCUUCCCCCCAGUCGUUCCCCCCCCCCCACCCAAAUUCCUCUUUAAAGCUGAAGCACAACUAAUGACAAAUUGGGUUUUAUGUGCAUUGCUGUUUGGCCCAAUUCAGCUUUAAAGAGCAGGUUUUGACAGGGAAAGCUCCGUAGGAGAAAAAGGGGAUAUUCUCAGACACUGAGCUUUACAGCGUGGACCAUGUUGGAGCAAAGGGGGAGGGACGGAGAAGGAGGUCAGGUAGAUUGGACUAAUCUCAAAUGGGGCACAGAGUUGGGGCUUGUAUCUCUGAGCAGGAGUGUACCAAGGCAGGGCAAGGGGGGGUCCUAGCCCUAGGCACAUGAUUUUGAGAGGGUGGGAGCCAGACGCCCCCUUGCAUGGACCCCGCCCUGCCUGGUGCCAGGGGUCUUGCCACCACGCCCCUGGCCCCCUCACGGAAUGGCAGUGUUAGGGGGAAGCACUAGCCAAGGGCUGCAUCAGAAACCUGAUAUGGAAAGCUGGAGUAAGUUAAAAUCAUCUUGGUUAGAUGAUCCUUGGAAUCCCUUCCAACACUACAGUUCUAUGAUUCUAUGACAAGCAAAGAUCAGUGCAAUAAGCAUGACAAAACUGCCAAGGUUUUUGGUUUUGUUGCUUACUCUUCCUCUCUUGGUUGACUUGAGGGAAUUGAAAAGCUGACAGAAAAGUAUGGAUAAUUUUAUUUGGCAAAGUAAGUGUCCCAGAGUGGAUAAUGUAACUAUGCAAACUGUCCCACAGAAGAGAGGAUUGGCAGUACCUGAUUUAGCUAAGUAGUGUGAAGCUGCUUAGCUAACUUUGUUAAAGUUAAGGAUAUCUCAGAAAAAGGAACUCUUUCAUUGGGAACAGUUAUCCAUAAAUUCCCCACUGGCCGAGAUACUAGGGAUACCUAGGAAAGACAGAGGAGAUCUCAUUGAUUUUCAUCAGAACAUUUAAAAUAAAAAAGAACUGAAGAUUGGAAAAUAAUGGAGAGAAACCAGAAUUGUUAGAUGCAUCCAUACCUAUCCAGAACUUUGGCAUAUGCUAGGCAGAUUCACCCCAGAGGGCAUCCAUUGCAGGGGCUGAUGGGUCUUCAUUACAGGGCCUGUGGUAGGCACUGAAUUCCAUUCUGAGUUUCAUCUUUUCCCUUCUAGGAUAUUAGAAGAACUUUGCAGAGGUAAGGGGAUCCUGCUCAUCUCCAUUAAUAUCAUUGGGAAAGAAUAUAAUAUGAAGAUUAUUAAGUGGAAUAGAAAUGAAAUGAAUACUAAUGAUAAUGACAAUACUUCACAGUAUCUAGGUUUGCCACACGAUCAGCAAACUCCGUGAUGGCUGCCCCACUCAGUCCCACACAAACACCUGUCCCAUGCACCAUCUGUGGGACUAUUCCCCAGAGUCCCACACUGUUACCUGUCACCAGUGGGGCUAAAAACGGGGAGCAGGAGUUGGGGUGUUUGCCACACUCCUGAACAUAUCCCAACUGCAGUAUGUAACUUCAAGGUGUCACUUGGGCUCAUGAUAAGAGGAUGUUGUUGUUUAGUCGUUUAGUUGUGUCCGACUUCCGGGUUAGCGCCAUCGGCUAAUGGCGGAUUUCCUCCGAGCUCCGGAGGGAAUCGGCUUCGUAGGAUUUGGGUCUUGCCGCUGCGGGGACCCUCAAAAAUCACAGGCGGUGAGCCUGUGAACCUGGUGACUCGGCGGGCACCAUUUGCGCCCCCCGACCUGUGAAGGAGCCUUUUUAAAGGCUUUGGAACGGGGGACGGGGUGAGCGGCGCGGUGCUGAGAGUCGACUGCUUCUCCUACGGAGUGAAGCCGCAUGCCAUGGUCGGAGAGCGCUGACUUCUUCUUGUGAACAAUUGGACUCUAAAGUUACAACCCGUGAGUACUAUGGAAAUUGGACUUGUAAAGGAAAAAUUUUUUUUUAAUUAGGCUCGAUCGGGGAAGGCGCAAACAGGAAGUCCGUCUCCCCGUCUUAUAAAUAAUCUAAAGCAAGGACCAGCUAACUAAGGUCGAGAGAACUUUCUUCCUUUUAUUGGGUAAAAGACAUUAAUUUCAUGAUUUGGCAGUAUAAGUAAUCUUACUGGAGGAUAAGAGUUAAUUUUGGGAGCUGAAGUGCCACCCCCCUGGACCCGGGAGUGAUCCAUCAGAGAGCCUGUUGAAGAGGUACUAAAGAGUUUGACAGCUGUCAAAUUAGCUGUCAAGACGGGAAAAGAGAACUUUGUUUCUGCUGCUUCUGCUGGUUAUAUCUGUUACAAUUUUGUUACAAUUUGUUGAAAACAAGGAAGGACUGAUACAAACUAACUUGAUUUUUGGAUUUGAACUGGAAGGAAUACUAAGUAACCAAAAUCCCUCUAGAGGGGGUUUUGGACAUUACAACAAUGGCUGAAGGAGGGGAAAUUCAAGCUAAACUGGACAGAGUUUUUCUUCUCUUGGGAAAGUUACAAGGCCAAAUUGAUGUUUUGGCUACUAAUGUUACAACUCUGGACUUAACAGUAAACAAACUCAUUGAAUUUGAUAAGGACUUGAUUCAGGAAGUUCAUGCAGCUGGACAGGAGGAGAAACUUGAGAGCUUUGAGAGUGUGGAGAAAGAGAUAUAUGUUGUUUCUGAGGAAAAGGAAGGAGGAGACGUAAUGUCGCAGAUGACAAAGGAGAGCCAGAGGCCUGAUAUGAUGGCUAUAAAGGAAAAUAAGAACUUGAUGACGAAAAUCUGGUUUGAAUUGGAGAUUGAAGAAUGGAGAGAUCUCAUUAAGUGGAGAUCUGAAGACCCAAGGAUUACAAAAUUGAUUAAGGUGGAAGUUGGAGCUUUGGGGACAUUUGGAUUUGAAAGGAGCAAGAAACAAGAUUUGGGCUCCACUUUUAAGUAUGGAGGUCUGGCUGGAAGAAACAUGGACCAUAUAGGGCCAGAGCUUCUCCGAGAUCUAGUGCUUAAUACUAAGGACUAUCAAAAAAACCGGCAGAGAGGAAUUGAGAGAGAAUUAAGAGCCUCGGACGUGAGGUCUCCAGGCUGACAGUGGACUGAUGGACAUAUGUUGGGGAUUGAAACCGGGAAAGGGGAGGGGUGGGGUUUGGGAAUCCAAAGGGUGCAUAAUUAUAAUAUGUUUUCUCUUUUUUAUUUUUGUCAUGUUAUUGGUAUGAAAAUUGGGGAAUUCGUGGAAGGGAAUUUGGGUCGACUUUAGAAAAACGUUUUAAGAUUGAGAACUGAUGUACAAACAUUGAUGUUUAUAAGGUAAAAUUGGUUUUUUUUAAAUGAACUAAAUAUAAAAAGGUUAAAAAUUGGGAUAAGAACUUGUUGAACUAACAAAUUUGAAUUGGAAUAUAAGAAGGGGAGGUGUGGGGAAGUCAGGGAAAUAUGUUACAGGAAAAUAAGGAUUGCAAACUGUAUGUGUUUUUAAUUUUUUUUGUUUUCUUUUUUUACUUUUUAAGGUAUUAAAGCGGAAAAUUUCAAUAAAUAUAUUUUUUUAAAAAAAAUAGUUGUGUCCGACUCUUCGUGACCCCAUGGACCAGAGCAGGCCAGGAUAGAAGGAAUAUUUCACUUUUGUCAACAACAGCAACCAUCUUUAACUCCUCCACAUCUUUCUUGCCUGUUGUAGGCAAUGCAGCUGAAAUGGAAAAACUCUGAGCAGGAUGGAAUCACUUGAUUUUAUUUUAUUUCUCCAUUUGAGUAGAUGUAAAUGAAGAGAUUCAGACAAAGGGCUGCUCCUUUGGCCCUCAGUUGUCUGGAUUUGGAGUCCCUAGUAAGGAGGAAUCUUCUCCCCUCUGUGACUCCAUUCCUCUGUCUCUCCCUCUUGGCUUUAUACAGUUUCUUUGCUCCUCUCAAUUCCUUUCUUUUGCUGCCCUCAGAAAUUCUGGAUUUGAAAUGGGUUAACAUGUCUUUUUCCCAUCAGGUGUGA